AUGCUGUCAACAACAGUUCGCUCUUUCACAACUACUUCUUCAACUCUCCUCCCUCGCAUCGCGCAUCCGUCUCUCUGCGCCGUUCGCAACUUCUCCACUCGCGCCAACAACACCAACACUACCAACACCACCCGGCCUCUCGCCAACUCCAAGUCUCUCCCUACUCAAACUCUCCGCACCCUCUCGUCCACAAGCAACAAAAUGGGUCUCACCGACUGGGCUUCCAAGGACGGCUCGUUCAAGCGCCAGGUCUCGUCGUUCCGUGACCACAUCGAGCCCAACGGCAAGUUCCCUGCCGAGAAGGGCCGUUACCACCUCUACGUCUCCUAUGCGUGCCCGUGGGCGCACCGCACGCUGAUCGUGCGCAAGCUGAAGGGCCUCGACGACUUCUUUGACUUCUCCGUCGUCCACCCGCACCUGCUCGAGGGCGGCUGGCACUUCGAGACGCCCGAGGACGCAGCCAAGCCGCCUGCGCCCUGGAGCGAGCACUCGAACAAGACCUUCCCGGGUGCGACGGCCGACAAGCUGUACGGCAAGACGCACAUCGCCGAGCUGUACAAGAAGGCUGAGCCCGAGUACUCUGCGCGCUUCACGGUCCCGAUCGUGUGGGACAAGCAGACGGAGACGAUUGUGUCCAACGAGUCCUCCGAAAUCAUCCGCGAUUUCAACAGCGCCUUCAACGGCCUGCUCCCCGAGGGCAGCGCCGAGCGCGAGCUGGACCUGUACCCCGAGGAGCUUCGGGGCGAGAUCGACGCGCUGAACGAGUGGGUCUACGACGGCAUCAACAACGGCGUGUACAAGUGCGGCUUCGCGACGACGCAGGAGGCGUACGACGACGCCAUGGACAAUCUCAUCAAGUCGCUCGACCGCGUCGAGGAGAUUCUCAGCGACGGGCGCGAGUUCCUCGUCGGCGGCAGACUCACCGAGGCCGACGUCCGUCUCUACACCACCAUUGUCCGAUACGACCCCGUGUACUAUGUCCACUUUAAGACCAACUGGGGCCAGAUCCGCCACGACUACCCCGCCCUCAACCGCUGGCUUAAGAAUCUGUACUGGAACUACCCCGCUUUCAAGGACACGACGCACUUUGACCACAUUCGCGAGCACUACUUCUACUCGCACACCCAGAUCAACCCGAGGCGCAUCGUGCCCAAGGGCCCCAAGCUCGACAUUGAGCCGCUCGGCGCCGAGAAGCGCAAGGCCGAGGACGUCGCUGGUAGCAACAAGGCGGCCAAGGUCUAA